UUCUUGAAAUUAAUAAAUAUAGAUGUGGACAAUUUAAAUUUUAUAGAACAGAUAAAUACUUAGAUAUGGCUUGCAUGUUACAAUUGUACCAAGAAGGCACGUCCACAGGGCAUGUGAUUGUUGCUGAUCUGAAAGGAGUCGUUUUUACGCAUUUGACUAAAGUAAUACUUGCCGGACCAAUAGUUCUAAAAAAUUUUCUUCAGUAUCUGCAAGAAGGGAUGUCUAUACGAUUAAAAGGAUUACAUUUCAUCAACAUUGCACCAUUUAUGGAUAAAAUAUUGGCUUUGGUAAAACCCUUGAAGAAAAUGGAACUCUUAGACGUGUUGUAUCUGCACAAUACAUUGGACGAAUUGGUGAAGUUUAUUCCUCUGGAAUGCCUACCUGCGAAUUAUGGUGGUUUCACAGAGGACACAUCAAAACUACACGAGAGAGCUAAAGAUAAAUAUUUUACAAAUUCUACAUUUUUUGAAUGGGAAGACAAAUAGACAAUCGACAAAAGUAAAAGAGUAGGUCCAUCAGACAGCGUGAACAACAUUUUUGGAGUUGAAGGUACUUUCAAGAAGCUAAAUUUAGACGAACACACUUUUUUAUAUUUUUUUAAGAAAUAAAAUGGUUGUAAGAUAUUAAAAUAUUUUUGUU